AUGGCGCUGCCGCCGGCUCGGACCUGCGGCGCGUCUCGGUGUCCCCCGGCGAGGGCUGCGCGCCCCGGGCCGGGCUGCGGCGCCGGCCCCCGGUGCCCCUCCGGGUCCGCCGGGUCCUCCGGGUCCGCCGGGCCCGCGCGCCCGCGCUGCUGGCUGCUGCUGCCGCUGCUGCUGCUCGCCGCCCCCGGCGCCUCAGCCUACAGCUUCCCCCAGCAGCACACGAUGCAGCACUGGGCCAGGCGCUUGGAGCAGGAGAUUGACGGCGUGAUGAGGAUCUUUGGAGGUGUCCAGCAGCUCCGUGAGAUCUACAAAGACAACCGGAACCUGUUUGAGGUCCAAGAGAAUGAGCCUCAGAAGUUGGUGGAGAAGGUGGCCGGGGAUAUUGAGACCCUACUGGACAGAAAGGUGCAGGCCCUGAAGAGACUGGCCAAUGCUGCGGAGAACUUCCAGAAAGCCCACCGCUGGCAGGACAACAUCAAGGAGGAAGACAUCCUGUAUUAUGAUGCCAAGGCUGAUGCGGAGCUGGAUGAUCCCGAGAGUGAAGAUAUGGACCGGGCAUCCAAGACUAGCACCCUGCGGUUGGACUUCAUCGAAGACCCAAACUUCAAGAACAAGGUCAACUAUUCCUACACAGCGGUGCAGAUCCCCACAGAUAUCUACAAAGGCUCCACCGUCAUCCUCAAUGAACUCAACUGGACCGAGGCCCUGGAGAACGUGUUCAUUGAGAAUCGCAGGCAAGACCCCACGCUGCUGUGGCAGGUCUUCGGCAGUGCCACGGGAGUCACCCGCUACUAUCCAGCCACCCCGUGGCGAGCACCCAAGAAGAUUGACCUCUAUGACGUCCGAAGGAGACCCUGGUAUAUCCAGGGCGCCUCAUCACCCAAGGACAUGGUCAUCAUCGUGGAUGUAAGCGGCAGUGUGAGCGGCCUCACCCUGAAGCUGAUGAAGACGUCUGUCUGUGAGAUGCUGGACACACUCUCUGACGACGACUAUGUGAACGUGGCCUCGUUCAACGAGAAGGCGCAGCCCGUGUCUUGCUUCACCCACCUGGUGCAGGCCAACGUGCGGAACAAGAAGGUGUUCAAGGAAGCCGUGCAGGGCAUGGUGGCCAAGGGCACCACGGGCUACAAGGCCGGCUUUGAAUACGCCUUUGACCAGCUGCAGAACUCCAACAUCACCCGGGCCAACUGUAAUAAGAUGAUCAUGAUGUUCACGGAUGGCGGCGAGGACCGGGUACAGGACGUCUUUGAGAAGUACAAUUGGCCCAACCGAACGGUACGCGUGUUCACGUUCUCUGUGGGGCAGCAUAACUACGACGUCACCCCCCUACAGUGGAUGGCCUGCACCAAUAAAGGUUACUAUUUUGAGAUCCCUUCCAUCGGAGCCAUCCGCAUCAACACGCAGGAAUACCUAGACGUGCUGGGGAGGCCCAUGGUGCUGGCAGGCAAAGAGGCCAAGCAGGUGCAGUGGACCAACGUGUAUGAGGAUGCACUGGGGCUGGGACUGGUGGUAACAGGGACCCUCCCUGUUUUCAACCUGACGCAAGACGGCCCCGGGGAGAAGAAGAACCAGCUCAUCCUGGGCGUGAUGGGCAUCGAUGUGGCUCUGAAUGACAUCAAGAGACUAACUCCCAACUACACCCUCGGCGCCAACGGCUAUGUGUUUGCCAUUGACCUGAACGGCUACGUGUUGCUGCACCCCAAUCUCAAGCCCCAGACCACCAACUUCCGGGAGCCCGUCACUCUGGACUUCCUGGACGCGGAGCUGGAGGACGAGAACAAGGAGGAGAUCCGUCGGAGCAUGAUCGAUGGCAACAAGGGCCACAAGCAGAUCAGAACGCUGGUCAAGUCCCUGGACGAGAGGUACAUAGAUGAGGUGAUUCGGAACUACACCUGGGUGCCUAUAAGGAGCACUAACUACAGCCUGGGGCUGGUGCUCCCACCCUAUAGCACCUUCUACCUCCAAGCUAACCUCAGCGACCAGAUCCUCCAGGUCAAGUAUUUUGAGUUCCUGCUCCCCAGCAGCUUUGAGUCUGAAGGACAUGUUUUCAUUGCUCCCAGAGAGUACUGCAAGGACCUGAAUGCCUCCGACAACAACACGGAGUUCCUGAAAAACUUUAUUGAGCUCAUGGAGAAAGUGACUCCAGACUCCAAGCAGUGCAACAACUUCCUUCUGCAUAACCUGAUCUUGGACACGGGCAUCACACAGCAGUUAGUGGAACGCGUGUGGCGGGACCAGGAUCUCAACACGUACAGCCUGCUGGCCGUGUUCGCUGCCACUGACGGUGGCAUUACUCGUGUCUUUCCCAACAAGGCAGCUGAAGACUGGACAGAGAACCCAGAACCCUUCAAUGCCAGCUUCUACCGCCGCAGCCUGGAUAAUCACGGCUAUAUCUUCAAGCCCCCACACCAAGAUGCCCUGUUAAGGCCUCUGGAACUGGAGAAUGGCACCGUGGGUCUCCUGGUCAGCACGGCUGUGGAGCUCAGCCUCGGCCGGCGGACUCUGAGGCCAGCAGUGGUGGGCGUCAAGCUGGACCUGGAAGCUUGGGCUGAGAAGUUCAAGGUGCUCGCCAGCAAUCGUACCCACCAGGACCAGCCUCAGAAGCAGUGUGGUCCCAGCAGCCACUGCGAGAUGGACUGCGACGUUAAUAAUGAGGACCUACUGUGUGUCCUCAUUGAUGAUGGAGGAUUCCUGGUGCUGUCAAACCAGAACCACCAGUGGGACCAGAUUGGCAGGUUCUUCAGUGAAGUGGACGCCAACCUGAUGCUGGCACUCUACAAUAACUCCUUCUACACCCGCAAAGAGUCCUACGACUACCAGGCCGCUUGUGCCCCUCAGCCCCCUGGCAACCUGGGAGCUGCGCCUCGGGGUGUUUUCGUGCCCACCAUCGCAGACUUCCUGAACCUGGCUUGGUGGACCUCUGCUGCCGCCUGGUCCUUGUUCCAGCAGCUUCUCUACGGGCUCCUGUACCACAGCUGGUUCCAGGCAGACCCAGCGGAGGCCGAGGGCAGCCCCGAGGCGCGGGAGAGCAGCUGCGUCAUGAAACAGACCCAGUACUACUUCGGCUCCGUGAACGCCUCCUACAACGCCAUCAUCGACUGCGGAAACUGCUCCAGGCUGUUCCACGCGCAGAGGCUGACCAACACCAACCUCCUGUUCGUGGUGGCGGAGAAGCCGCUGUGCAGCCAGUGUGAGGCUGGCCGGCUGCUGCAGAAAGAGACGCACUGCCCAGCGGACGGCCCGGAGCAGUGCGAGCUGGUGCAGAGGCCGCGGUACCGGCGAGGACCGCACAUCUGCUUCGACUACAAUGCGACGGAAGAUACCUCAGACUGCGGCCGAGGCGCGUCCUUCCCGCCCUCGCUGGGCGUCCUGGUGUCCCUGCAGCUGCUGCUCCUCCUGGGCCUGCCACCCCGGCCGCAGCCUCAAGUCCGCGCCCUCCCCGCCUCACCCCGCCUCUGAGACCCCCCCCACCCACCUCGGCCUCCCUCGCCCCCCCCUCCACCCUCCCACCCCGCAUCAUCCACCCACCCGAGAGCUUUGCCCUUCCUCACUGAAGGACCUGAGCCCUGGGAGCCUAUGGCUUGGGGUGGGGGUGGGGGGUUCCCAAAGCAGGGUGCCACCGUCUCUGGCACCCAAGACAAGGUCUCACCCCGGAACCGCGUGAGUGUCCCUAGGCCCUGGACUCAUCCCAGUGGGUUGGGAUGGAAAGGACGCCUGUACUGGUGCCAAACCAGGCCUCUGCUGCCCGCCCUGCCCGGAGGCCUCCUCUGAAGGCGACCCUGUCUCCGUUGGACACGUCCGACCUGGCCCUCUACUCUGCUUUCCCUGGGUAGAGUAGAGGAAGAGAUGGCAGUUUGAGGCCUAUGCUUCCUAACUGAAAUCCUGGUGGGAGAAAGUGGGGGGUGGGGGGAACAGACCUUCAUUGGUUCCCUGCUCCUUUCAGGCCUAGAAGCGCACACACAGCCCAGCUCAGCAGGUGUCAGGACAGCCUCACAAUGACACCCCCCCCCCCCCCCGUCCCAUAAGACAUAGCCCAGGGAGCACCCACAAACAGACACCGACCGAGAGGCACCGGCCAUGGGGGGGCUCACAUAGCCUUACACAGGGCAAGGGGUCGUAGGUGGCCGUCUGCUCACCGCCCACCUCCAUUCUGAGCUGCAGCUCAGCUGGUCCUCCCAUCUCUGAAGCUGAAUGUGAAACAGUGCCAAACGCUGGGGCUGGGUGGAAACACCCCACCCACCGUCCCAACCCUAGCCACCAGUGUCCCCCAAUUACCCCUCACCUUGCUAGGUGCUCAUUAUACCCAUUUCUCACUAGUGUCAGCUCCCCCCCCCCCCCACUCCCAGCAGGACCAGAUGCCACUGCCUGCACCCCUUGGCAAAGGAGCACACACACACACACACACAUACCAGACACCACCCUUUGCCUUAGCAGGGGUGACUUGGUUUCUCCUGGCUGGGCCACCCACCCCCACCCCCCAAUCUGGCCCUUACACACUCAGGCUUGUGCCCACUCCCUACGUCAUCACCGCACAUUGCCACUCUCUCCCUGCCCCUAGGAGGCCAAAUUGCCCCUCCCCUGUUGAACACGUACUUGAGCGCGUGUGCACACACACACACACAUACACCACAUGUACACACUGCACGUAUGGAGGCUGGGCCUGGGCACAUCUCUUCCCACCAUUCAUUCUGAUCAUUUCCCCCAAAGGCAUCCCAGCCCCAGUGGGGGGGGCCCGGUAGGGGGCAGGAGGGCAGGGGGGUGUAGCCAGGAGGCUCAGAUGGCCUGGGAGGAGGGGGGAGGGUAAUGCAUUAAUUAAUGGCUCCGUUAAUUAAUGUCAUGUUGCUUGUCGCUUUCUUGGUGUGUGUGUGUGUAAGGUCUCUUGCCCGCUGCUGGUGCCAAGGUGGGCAUGCGUGAAGUGUGCCCAGCCUGGAUGUCAGUUGUGUCCUGUGGGGGCGUGUGUGUAACUGUAGUGUAGUCAGGUGCUCAAUGGAGAAUAUAAAAGAAACAUAUACAGAAAAAAAUUAUAUAUUUUAAGUUUAAAAAACAGAAAAACAGACAAAACAAUCCCCAUCAGGUAGUUGUCCAUCCCCCCGCCCUCCUCCCCAGCUGGGUCUGAUCCUUCUCAUCUUCACCUGACCCUGCUUCCCCCCCUCACCUCGGACGGGGGGAUUAGGGGCCAUUUCCUUUUCUCUGCCCUUUUUUUUCCUUUCUUUCUUUCUUUUUUCUGUUGUUGUUCUAUUUUGUACAGACAAGUCGGGAAAAACAACAGCGACAAAAAAAAAAGUCAAGAAACUUUGUAAAAUACUGUGUGUGUGAUUCCUUGUAAAAUAUUUUCAAAUGGUUUAUUACAGAAGAUCAGUUAUUAAAUAAUGUUCAUAUUUUCAC